AUGAGCUCUAAAAAUAAAACUUUCUCUCAUAACAAAUCUGAGGAAUUUAAGGUCAAACAAGUUGUUGAAGAGAACACUCAAGAAAUAAUCAACUUCUUCAGCCUCAGUGUUGAGAAAUUCAAGGAAAUCAAGGAAAGAGGUCAGAAAGUUAACCGUGAGAAAUUUAAACAGUAUGUGAGUGAUACUAUAAACAUUGAAAGCAAUGUAAUUCUUGAAGAAGUAAAGGAGCCAGAACCCAAAGCAUCCUCUAAUAAUUUCAAAGAUAUGUGAGACUACCUAAAGAAAACCCUCAAAGGAGAAGUACUAGAGUUAUUAAAUAUCGAAGAGCAUGACUUAGAACAUACAAUUGGCGAACUCUUUUCAACAACCUCAUCGAUUCUUACAUAUUCUCAGAAGCAACAAAUAUUUGAGGAUUUAUUCUCAGAUGCUUUGUCAAAAUUAGAAGAAACCUUCUCAGAGAAACAUUAUGAAAUAUACUUUGAUAAAAUAGCAAAUCAUUUUGAUGAUAAAUGGAAGUUAAAAAUGAAAGAAAGCCUAUUCAAAGGAACAACAAACUGAAAUAUCCAUUAUAUUCCAACACAAGGCUUAUUCCUCCUCAGUCUAGAAGAGCUAACUAACUGUCAAACUCUAGACAAAGCCUUCCUCUUCGACAUGAGCCAGGCUAUCUCCAACAUCACCAAUAGCAUAAGCCUCGAUCUUGAAGGAGGAAGCUCAGAUGAAGAAGAGGCUAAAAUCCCAAAUAAUCCUCCUCCUGAUGCUACUCCAAAGCCCUCCUCCCUUACCUCAUUCAAGGCUCCUCCUCGUUCAAAAAAGAAUCCUAAGUUCUCGCCUGUUAGGUCAUCAUCUCCUAAAAUUCCUCGUGCAAGUCCUCAGAAAUCCUCUGCUGCCAAGCCUGGCAGUAAGAGGUCUUCCAGACCUCUUACUCUGAGGUAUGUCCAGGAGAUGAACGCCGUGCUUGAACUUGGUAUGAUCAAACUUUUUAUGCUAAAAGCAGUUCUGUUAAAGCUUGCCAAACAAGUUGAUGAGAUCAUGAACGACAUCAGCCUCGAGUUGAAAAUCUACUAUCUAAAUUUCUUUAAUUCUCUCACUGAUGAAUUUAAUACAGAGGAUGAUACAGUAAAACUGAAGAUGGGGACUAUGUACCAUAACCAACACUUCCUGGUACACAAUAAUGAAGUGCUGAUCAAAUUUAAGAAAAUACUAAAGUAG